AACUUCCACAAGACGGCGGUCAUGUUUGGGUGACGGACGUCAGAUUUUUAAUCAGUUCCGGGUAGUGUUUCCGCCAUAUGAAAGAUGGCUGCCCUCCGUCACGAGCAAACGCUGAUCGGUCUGUGUGAUGGGGACCUCGACCCAAACAGAUACCGCUCCUCAUAUCUGACCAACAAAGUCGGGGGUCGACCGGACUGGCUGCCGGUCAUCUCCCGGCAGUCUCCCCGAUGUGGUCACUGCAGAGCUCCGCUAGCACACGUGGUGCAGGUGUACUGCCCCCUGGAGUUCUCCCCUUACCACAGAAACCUCCACCUGUUCGCAUGCCCAGGUGCCGACUGCAUCAGCCGUGCAGAGAGCUGGAGGGUGCUCCGUUCUCAGGGCCUAGAGACUGAGGCUGCAGCUGCGCUUAUAGCCAGCUGGCCCGCGCCGGCUCAGGAGUCUCCUCUGUCGGCCACUGACUGGUGUGACACCGCGGACGACUGGGGGACGGAGGAGGAGGGUGGAGAUGGGCGGAGAGGGGCGAGGGAAGCCGCAGCAGUAGCUUCUGAGGCAAAAGCAGGUCCUACGUGCAGUGAGGUGGAUGUCAGCACCAGACUGCAGGACCUCACUUUGGGAGAUUCCCAGGAGGACGUCCCUGUUUUCUGCCCAUUCUUCAUCAGCGUGGCAGAUGAAUCAGACCUGUGUGGUGAGGACGAUGAGCUGGAGCACGCCCAGGAGCUGCUGAGGGCGUACGAGAGGAGAGAGGGGGUGGUAGUAGGAGCAAUGGAUGUCAGUGAGGGAGGCGGCAGCACAGCGGAGAAGUAUGAGAAAGCCAGAGCCAGACAUGGAGACGCCGUUUUCUCCAGGUUCAUGAAGAAGAUCUCAGCAUGUCCACAACAAAUCUUACGCUACUGUCACGGCGGAAAUCCACUUUUCAUCUCCGAGCCACCAUCCAACAUGGCUGAGGUGGUUUCAGCGUGUGGUUCCUGUGGAGGGUCCAGGACUUUUGAGCUGCAGCUGAUGCCGGCUCUGGUCAGUCUGCUGCAGAGGAAGGACAGCGGUGCUGAGGUGGAGCUGGAGUUUGGGACAGUCCUGGUUUACACCUGCACAAACAGCUGCUGGAGGACGGGGUCAAGGUCCGCUGUGGAGGAGCUGUGCUUUGUUCAGACAGACCCGGACCAGCAGCUUUUUAAAUGACUGAGGAACUGGAUCAGUCUGAUCCUCACUCUGUGCAUCAAACAGAAGCUGUUUUAAAGUAGACAUAGUGAUGAUGGUUAACUUUUCUUAAGUUGUCAGAACUGAAAGUCUCGCCUUUACUGUCCUCUACUGGUUUAAGGACUUGCCUUAUGAAAUCACUGUUAGCGUGGUAACAGAUGCAACAAAGCACAUCACUGACCACAUCUACCAGAGAUGUUGGAUGGGUAUACAUUAGCUCCCAUGGUUUAGAUUAAGGUAACAAUUCACUUCCCCCAGAAUCUGCUCCAGAGCACUGGGAUCUAACACUAACCAUGACGGAGCUAAAAACAGAUUUGCAACCUUUAGACACACAGGGCAGCACAACGCUGCUGUUAGGCUCAUCUGUACAGAAGGGCAUCAGGGGACAACAAGUAUGAGGUCAGUGAUGAUCACUUAAGUUCCAGAUCAAACAACAUCUGGUUUCCAUAGAGUUGUAGACAAAGAUUUUAAAGAGCAGAUAAAUACUGAAUCUUAGGGAAAAAAACUGAUGAAUGAUGUUUGCACACAUGGAGUCAGCAAGACAAGACAUCAGGUGGCUGGUUCUUGAUUGAUGUACAAUUUAAGACCUCGCACGUGGAGCAUUUUUUAACAAGCUGACUCAGAUCCAAGUUCACCAGAAGUUUACUGAUAGGAGCCUGUGAAACGGCAUUAAACCCUAAUAUGGGAAGUUAUUGUCAGAGGAAUAAAUACAAAUAUGAAACUCCAGGUAAGACACUCAGAGACUGGUGAGGUGACACUGGAAGACUCCGCAGCUUUGCUUCUUAUAAGAGGAAAAAUGAAAACAAGCAGCUGAAUAUCAUUAACAACGUAUUGAGGGUGCUGAAAUGAUACCUCUAUAAUCUCACUGUGUAAUAUCUGGAACAAAACUGGUAAAUUGUCUUUUGCACCUUUGGUUAUUGAGCUUUAAAAGCGGAUGGUGUAUUGUGGCCAGUGUUUGGUGACUGAACAUAAACCUAUUUAUCUUAAGAAAAGCGGCUGCAACACUUGGUGAAUGUUGCUUAGUACUGUAGAGCGGAUUUCCCGUGUCCUCCAGCUCAGUACUAUUACCUGCUCUGACCGCUGACCUUGUUGUAAUGAAGUGUUACUGCCUCGGGUGUCAGGUGACAUAAAUACCAGGGGCUCAGUUGUUGAUGUUGCUCAUCCUAAAACGUUUAUCGAGUCAAGCUCACACAACAAUAAACUAAUUUACAAAACACAGUAUUUCCUUUUCUUUUUACUUCAACCUUACACCUUAGAAUAAGUCACUAUCUUCAGUUUCACACCGAACAGCCCAGAGCCGAAACAGCAGUAAUUCAGCAAAGGAAAUGUAAACCAAGCUAUAAAAAAUGUCCAGGGUGUCGGCUAUAACUGGCCCAGAUCCAGAGUAUCAAAAUAACAUUUCUUAGUUACCUGACCAAUAAAUAAUGACAGGAUCUGUCAUUUUUGUGCGGCCUAUGUCUCUGUAAUGUCGUGACUGAUUGUGGUUUAUUUACAGCCCUUUU